AUGGAACGCUAUCUAGUCUUAGACUCGGAUUCAAGUUACGUCCUAUCAGAGACGAGGAGCAAGCAAUCGAUUAUCAUCACGGAUAAUCUGCUUAAUCGACUAGAUAUUAUGCCACCGGUAUUUAAAGAAGAGGCGGUACGCAAAAAGAAGCUUACGAGUGUCGUGUGGGAAACCUUUACACCCAUUUCAAGUAGUGGAUUGCGUGACGGCCUUGUUGACUCAGCCAAGUGCUCAAUUUGCAGCAAGAUCUUCAGUACGAGGCAUGGCACAUCGUCGAUGAUGCGACAUGCUAGGCGACAUAACGAAUUCCCAAAUGGCACGCCCACGGGCAAGAAGGGCAAGAAGAGCGCUAAUGGAUCAUUGGUUAAUGGAAAUGGAACAGGUAAGAAAGUAGGAGCUCAUAGGAAAGAAGCAGUCGUGAUACAGCUUGAUGAACAUACAGCAGGUUUGAAGCGUCAGCGGAUGCGAAAUCUGAGUAGUGCGCUGAUUGAGUGGAUUGUGGAAGACCAAAAGGACCUGGGUGUGGUGCAGAACGAAAAGUUUUUGGACGUACUGGCUUCCGCAGGAAUCAAGCCGAUACUCCCACCAGUAGAUAGUUUGCAAAAAGCUAUCGAACGAAAAUAUUACGAUUUGUUCACGCGAGUGGGGGAAUAUAUAAAUCGUUCGGCGGUUGGACGCGUCACAUUCUCGUGUGAUACGUGGUCUGGAUCUGUGAAUAAAGGAUAUAUGGCCAUUUAUUUGCACUGGAUUAAUGCUGAGUGGGAGUAUAAAACUAUUCAAAUUGGUUUGGAAGGGUGUCCACAGGACUUUAAUGCAUACUUUUUGUCAGACAUGCUAUUUAAUGUGCUUCAGAAUAACUGGGGACUGGGUAAUAAGUUGUUGUGCGGAGUCACACCCUUGAGUAACGAGUCGGGAGUUGGCAUGGGCUUUUUGCGUGAGAAAAUAAAGUCAAUUAUAGGAUUUCAUAGUAGUGCACCGGACUGGAAUGUGACGUGCCUGGGCCAUCUAAUUCAUACGGGCGUACUGGCGGCACUGAAGGAGAUUCGUCACGAGAUCGUUAAGCUUCGUUCGUUAUUGUCACUUCUUAAGUCUACAUCCGAAAGUCAGGAGCAUUUUGCGCUACGUACAACUGAUGUGGGGCUGCCUGAGUAUCCAGAUCAGCUGCCUAAUUUAGAUUCACCUAAAAAUUGGAAGACAACUGUUGCAAUGAUUUUGGAAAGCGCCAAGAUUAAGGACACAAUUAACGCCUUGUAUGGAGAUCCUACGCACAAUAUGAACAUUUUCUUGUUGGAAGAGAUUGAGUGGGAUUUGCUGGUAUGGGUAGCUACGUUUCUUCAAAAAUGCAUGCAAAUGGCGACUUGUCAAAGCGACCAGAAGCAUAUCUCGCUGAGCACCUCCAUUAAUGUUUGUAAGGCGAUUGUCGGGCUUUGUGAAAGCACUUCGGCAUCAGCCUCUAAUUUUACGGCAAGCGCCUUCAACAAGAUACAAACAGUUUGCUUAAAAGUGAAAGCUAGUCUUGAGUCAUACCAUACGGAGCACUCAUCACCGUAUUUUCGGCUUGCCAAGAUUUUAGAUCCGCGCUUUUCCAAUGAGUGCGUGGACAAAGCAGCCAAAAAAACGUUUUUGCGGGAAAUGUUGCGUACAAGUGUGUAUGAUGUACUGUCAGACACACGAUUAGACGACGAGCAAGCAAGACACGAUGCAUCGGCGGCUUACACAACGUUUGAAAAGUUGUUAGAUAUUGGAGAGGGUAUACCAGAGUACUCGAUCGACGGUGACGAAGUAGAUCGAUUCUUUGAUGCGACACUCUUUCGCGACAAGCGGUCAGAUCCAUUUUUAUGGUGGAAGUCGAAUGAAACGCGCUUUCCUUCUCUAGCAAAGCUCGCCCGGGAUAUCUUGUCGAUCCCAGCGACUGCUGUACCAAGUGGUACUGUUUUUACGCGAGCAAACUACGCUCGCCCGCUGAAUGCGGAAAUCAUGGAGACCAACAAACUGUUUAAGUUCAAUGAGCUUGCUCGAGCAUGGCAAAUCGAGCGCCAGAACUUCGGCCGCAAGCGACGUCGCGACUCUUUUGACUAUUUGGAUCCCCCUUUGGAGCCUCCAAUCAAAUUGGCGCCAUAUGAAGAAAGUAUUUAG